AUGCGGGCAGUAUUGGGAGACCGAUGUAUCUAUUUAACUGAAAAUCCUCCUCGAACUCUUAGGAAGGCCAUCCUUUAUCGAGAUCUUAAAGCUGCUCAACUGGUGUGUGAUUUCCCUGACUUUCUUCGAGGACAGGAACGUGAAGAUACCCUGCACAUUGCCUUGACUCAUUAUAAAAGAAAAUGGCCAAAAAAAUCCCUUUCCAGCAUUUCUCUUCUCAACUCAUCUCGCAAUGCCUUUCUGCACAAGCGUCGCACAUCAUCUACUGACCCAGAGCUGUUGCAAUUAUUUGUUGGGAUUUUAAAAAAAUUUCUUCCCUCCUACUAUAGAGCAGAACAAAGUUUGGUGAUCCAGGUCUUGGACAUUUUGCAAAUGAUGUUUCGAGAAACAGAAAAUGUUCCUGACCGGCUAAAAACUUUGGAAAUAUCCUGGGAACUCAUUGGUGAUUUACUGAACUUGAUUGCCCACUUUCCAUCUUUACAGAAUGAAUCCUCAUCAUCUUUCACUUCAUCAAACAGUACCUCCCAAGAACAGGAUGAUUUGUCACCUUCACGGUUCAUCAAGAUGUUCAUUGCUCUCCUGUUUGAAUUAUUUCUUUGUGCCCAGCAGAAAUUUGUUGAGAAUGCGGGUGAAAAUGUCAAUGUUGUUUGGAUGGUUAACCAACUUGAAGAAAUUGGCUGUGAGGAAUUAAUUCAACGUAUUGUGGACCUGACUCUGCAUCUAACACAACCAAGAAGACAUGGCAGCUGCCUUAGCCCCGCCCACGUGCUACAGCUCUAUCAACAAGGCUACAUCCUUUUAACUCUUCUUGACCACAGCACCAAACUAACUGAAGUGAUCUGCUCAAAUUAUUUCACUGAAUUCAAAUACCUGGUGCAGCGACAUGUUAUAGAGAAGAAAAUACCAUCCCACUAUCCCUUGUCACAUACACUGUUGACUCUCAUUGACAAAGUCUUGGACAAGAUUCUCAACUGA